AGCGGUUCUCGCGAGGUUUUCUUCCCCUCUUGUGCGGCCGGGAAGCCCCGUUUCCCCCUUUCCCCUGGCUGGCCGCGCGGAGCCCGCACGAUGCCCGGAGUCACGGUGAAGGACGUGAACCAGCAGGAGUUCGUCCGGGCCCUGGCCGCCUUCCUGAAAAAGUCCGGGAAGCUGAAAGUCCCCGAAUGGGUGGACACGGUCAAGCUGGCCAAGCACAAGGAGCUGGCGCCCUAUGACGAGAACUGGUUCUACACGCGCGCUGCCUCCACCGCCCGCCACUUGUACCUCCGAGGCGGGGCGGGGGUGGGAUCCAUGACCAAGAUCUACGGCGGCCGCCAGCGCAACGGGGUCAUGCCCAGUCACUUCAGCAGAGGCUCCAAGAGCGUGGCCCGGAGGGUCCUGCAGGCCCUGGAAGGCCUCAAGAUGGUGGAGAAGGACCAGGAUGGGGGCCGGAAGCUGACACCUCAGGGACAGAGAGACCUGGACAGAAUCGCCGGACAGGUGGCUGCUGCCAACAAGAAACAUUAGGACAGACCACACCGGAUUCACUAAUAAAUUGCCUUGUUCAUA